GAAUUAUUUAGUAAAAAAAAUGAAAUUGAUAAUUUAGAUUGUUUUAAUAUUGAUAAAUUUGAUUUAGAAAAUAAUUUUUGGGAAGAUAUUUUUUAUGAUAGUGAAAAUGAGUCAGAUUUAUUUGAAGAUGAUAAUUCAGAAGAAUUAAAUAGUGAUUAUUAUAAUAAUAGUCAAUAUAGUGAUAACCAAUAUAGUGAUAAUCAAUAUAGUGAUAAUCAAUAUAGUGAUAAUCAAUAUAGUGAUAAUCAAUAUAGUGAUAAUCAAUAUAGUAAUAAUCAAUAUAGUGAUGAUCAAGAUAUUGAAGAAUAA